AUGUGCAGCUCCGAUAUCUUCCUGGCGGUACUCGCCGUCUUCUUUCCCCCCAUUGCCGUCUGGAUCAAGGCGGGGAUCUGCACCGCCGAUUCCAUCAUAAACAUCGCCCUCUGCCUGUUGGGCUACAUCCCGGGCCUCAUUCAUGCCUGGUACAUCAUCAUGAAGUACCCCGAGCCCGACUAUGAUGAAGCUGCCUACGAGCCCAUCCCCGGCGGCUCCAGCCAGCGCCGCGACCUCGAGAACGGCCGUGUGACGUACUACUAUGUCUCACACCAGCCUCCCCAGAACCACCCCCAGCGACCAUCUUACGGCACGGUCAACCAGUCAGGCCAGCAAGCGCACGGCCAAUCGAACGCUGCGCCCAAGCCCUCCGACGGCACGCAGCAAGGUGCUGGACCGAGCAAUGGCACUGAUGCCCGCCCGCCACCCACCUACGCUGAAGCUGUGAAAGGCGACCACAAGAUCCAGACCCCGGACUAG